CGCAAAUACAUAUGCAUACACACGUACAUUUGGAAAUGAAUAUACACGUACGUUCACCAGAUCGUAUAGUUGUGCAAAAUUGCAUAGAAAGGACUAUCCCGCGUACGAUGUGAUUGUUAUAGGAGGUGGUCAUGCGGGCACUGAAGCGGCAUCGGCGUCGGCGCGAACGGGUGCGAGGACUGCGUUGGUUACACACAAGAUCGAGUCUAUAGGCGAGAUGUCGUGUAAUCCGGCAUUUGGAGGCAUUGGGAAGGGUACGCUGAUCAGGGAGAUUGACGCCUUAGGUGGAGUGUGUGGCAGGGUCUGCGACGAAGCUGGUAUCCACUUUCGCAUCCUGAACAGGCGGAAGGGUGCUGCGGUGCAAGGGCCCCGCGCCCAGAUCGACCGAGACAUUUAUCGCAAGGGUGUGCAGAAGGAGCUGCUCACGAACACACCCAAUCUGGACAUCAUAGCGGUUGGUGUGGAUGAUUUGGUAGUGGAUCGCUCGUCAGAUCAAUUACGGGUCACUGGUGUAACCCUGGCCGAUGGAUCUCGCGUUUCGUCUAAGGCCGUCAUACUCUCGACGGGGACCUUCCUCCGAGGGAUGAUCAACAUUGGCGAAAAGUCUUAUGAAGCCGGUCGAUUGGGAGACGCACCCGCAAUAGGGCUGGCAACAUGUUUAUACGACCUCAGAUUCAACAUGGGCAGAUUGCGCACAGGUACCCCUCCGAGACUUGAUGGCAAAACAAUCGAUUUCUCUGGACUGGAAGCACAGCCAGGGGAUGACGAGCCCAUCCCCUUUUCGUAUCUAAACGACACUGUCACACACGCGAACAAUCAAGUACAAUGCUACAUGACACACACCAACGAGGAGGGGCACCAGAUUGCACGCGAUACGUUGCACAUGAACAGACACGUCACGGGUGAGAGCAAAGGGCCCCGCUACUGCCCUAGCAUAGAGUCUAAGGUGUUGCGAUUCGACCGGCCUCGACAUCAAAUAUGGCUAGAACCAGAAGGACUGUCUAGUGAACUAAUCUAUCCCAAUGGUAUCUCGAUGACUAUGCCAGAGGAAGCGCAGGAACGAUUCAUUCACACUAUAGUGGGACUCGAGAACGCUAAGGUAGUUCGUCCUGGUUACGGAGUAGAGUACGACUAUGUUGACCCCAGACAACUGUACCCCUGGUUGGAAACAAAGCUUGUCGGGGGCCUGUAUCUGGCAGGCCAAAUCAAUGGGACUACGGGAUACGAGGAAGCUGCUGCUCAGGGCAUCAUUGCAGGAAUCAAUGCCGGAUUGAUGACUCUGUCGACACGCAACGCGAAGGCCAUUGAUGCGGCCAACAGCGCAGAUUUGUCUGCAAGUAUUACAAGCACAAAUCACGAAGACGGAGAAUGGGCGCCUUUCAUAGUCGACCGGUCGGAGGCCUUUAUUGGAGUGCUGAUUGACGAUCUGGUAUCACAGGGUGUCAGUGAACCGUAUCGCAUGUUCACCUCACGAGCUGAAUACAGAUUGCAUCUUCGCGCAGACAAUGCCGAUUUGAGGUUAACAGAGAAGGUCAAUGCAGCUGCACCGGGUGUUGUCUGUGACGAACGUCUGCGUAGAGUUCGGAAUGUGGUGGGGAACAUGGAUAAGUCCAGGGCUCUAUUGCAAAGUAUAAUCAAUACCCCCAAUGUUUGGGGCGACCUGCUUGAGAUCAACAUGAGCCAAGACGGUAAGAAGAGGUCAGCUUUCGAUAUGCUCUCGUUUCAAGGCGUCAAUAUGGCACUGCUGGGGGAGAAGAUACCGGCUGUUAAGGAACAGUGCGAUGCGAGUGUAUGGGAGCGCAUGGACAUAGAGGGAUCAUACCUGGAACCGCUUGCGCGUCAACAAGCAGAUAUCGACACCUUCAAGAAGGACGAACAUUUGGCCAUACCCCACAAUUUCGACUUUUUGAGCUUGCCGUUCCUCGACAUGGAAGCCAAAGAAGUUCUGAACAUGGCACAACCGUUAUCGCUGGGUGCCGCAUCGAGAAUACCCGGUAUCACCCCCACACAUCUGAUCCAAAUGCUCAAGUACAUAAGCAAUAGCAAGCACAGAUACCGACAUGUGAAGAAAACUGAGACCAGUACACGGGCGGUAUCGGUGGAGGCAUAGGAAACGUACACAUCAGUGUUAUGAGGAACCGAUCUGUGGAAACUUAAGACUGGCACACAGAGGGUAACAGUGGAGGCACAAGAAAAGAUGUACGGAUAAGGAGCUAAGGGUUAAGACCGAAUCUACCCCGCACAUUCGAUCCGGAUACGAUUACGCCAGAAUAACAAGCACAGACGCCGACAUGUGAAGAACGCUGAGACCAGUACACGGGCGGUAUCGGUGGAAGCUUAGGCAAGAUGAAGGGCACGAACCUGAUUCAGAUACUCGAGAACAUCAGCAGCGGUAAGCACAGACAAAGCCUAGUUUGGUAUCUACUGGCGAUGGCGAACAGGACUACCACACAAAGCGCGAACAAUGCUCCCAAUACAUCACAAACAGAACAGAAGUUAGGUUGAGGCACAUUCUACGACAUGUGGAAGCCGAGAGUAUAACCCAGUAUUAGGUGUAGGCGUUGUUGCGUUAUUACGUUGUUAGGUCGUGUAGAGUUCAAAAUCGGGGUUGAGCUUGGAGUCAAACAUACGCAUCUGCUGCAAAUGCUCACGUACAUUACAGAUAGUAAUCACAAAAUCAUCCGGCAUGCGAAUAAUAUCAUCCGAGAGACAUCUUGGAACCGGUGUCGCAGGGUCCAUCCACUUCCAAUCUCAGAACUGCACCCACCUAACUGCGUCAGGUAGUAAAAGAACAGAAACCGGCUUGGAAAUAGAAGCGUCGGGUGUGUCGCUAUGGGCGCAUCUGUAGAGGCAUAGUUCUAACGGCUUGACAUACGGAAUAUUAUUGCUACUGUCUGCUUCACUACGUUGCAGUCCAUGUGCCUAGCGGGACACAACGAAUUAUUGAUAGGGGCACAUCUAUCAUUUAUGAGACUUCUUUUUGCUGACCUCCACUUACUAGGCUUUGGUGGAGGCACUGGUGAAGUGGUGUGUUAUUCGUGAUUCUAUGUUGUUGUCUGCCCGACACUGUUGGGCUCAAAGUGUCGAGAGGGCCACCAUCGAAGCAGUAGUAGAGGCACAGAUCAAGAUGUGUCUGGCCAGAGAGCGGUUCUAGGAGUCUGCCUACCAAUUACUGCGAUCAUGAUUGCGUACGGGUGCCAGGUUAUGCAGCCCAUUGUCUCUGGAUCUCAAAUAGUGGAUAUGCGGGAAAUGUUUUCUUAUGUAUACGUCAUUCUCAUAGAUGAUCAUAACCCACUCAUAUAUGGAAGGUAUGAGAAAGUUUUUGACAUGUGAUGUGAGAGUAUCUGUGACAUACUUAUCUGGGGCCAUACGUACAAUUGGAAUAUGACAUUUUGUGUGCCUGGUGACACACUCAGCAAUAGUAGGCACCAAUGAUCACAUAAUAAAAUACUUGUGAA